AUGGAGCAACCCAGUACGAGUGCAGCCAGAUUUUCGACCCCACCUCCUCGGCCACCGCCCGAGAAUCUCGAGCUUACUCCGGAACAAGUGAAGAGGGUAGAGCUGAAUAGAUUGAAAGCGAAGGCUAGGCAACGUGAGCGUGAGCUGGAAGCGGGUCCUUCAUCCAUACCCAAUAGCCAGGGCAAGCGCACCAUGGGUGUGGUUCCUGCCAACUCGACAUCACCGACAGCACCUAAGCCUCCUCCGAAACUCAAGCGUGACUCUCGGCUGGGGAAAUACUUUGAAUAUGACUUGUCGAAGAUGGUCAACUCGAAAGGUGGAUUCCUGAUGGAGGACGGCAAGGAGGUUGACGAACAACUACGGGCCAAGGAGAAAGAGCGCGAACGGCAGAGGGCGAUGCAGAAUUUAGAACCUCCUCUCUUCCUCGAUCCAAGCCUCAAUCCGAAGUGUGUUGAAUGCCAGUCCAUCGACAUAGACCAGACAUACAAGAAGGUCUUCGGCUGUCUCGUAUGCAACAGAUGCAAAAACGAGAAGCCCGACAAGUAUAGUCUCUUGACAAAGACAGAAUGCAAAGAGGAUUACUUAUUGACAGAUGGUAACUCGGCAUAUGCACUCGUUAACCUAUAUAGCGUGCUCAUGAAUGCCGUAGCGGAGCUUCGAGAUCAGGAGCUAAUGCCGCAUCUACUCAAGGCAAAUCCUCACAAGUCCACGUUCGCCAACAUGAUGCUGUUCCUCAGGUACCAUGUAGAGGAUUUCGCAUGGAAGAAGUGGGGAUCGCCAGAGGCCUUGGAUGCAGAGUGGGAGCGUCGGGUGGCUGAGAAGAAGAAGAAGAAAAACAAGAAGUUCGAGGAAGGGCUGAAGGAGCUACGACGACGAACACGAGAGACGGUAUGGCAGAAGCGGAAGGACCAGGAGCACAAACAUGUUUUCGGGGUGGUGGAGAACGAUGCUGACGGCGUCGGGAAGCAGGUCUGCCACGAGUUGAACAACCGACAAGAGGAGCACGAGCAAAUAUCUACUUCGUUGGAGGUAGAACAGCUAGAUACCAACCUCUUCCGCUCAAAGUCACUAUGGCUUCCGAUCCACUCUAGAGGGGUGUAUGGCGGCCAAGUCAUCUCGCAGGCCCUCGUCUCUGCCACAAACUGUGUUUCUCCGGAUUUCGCUUUGCAUUGCUACUUCCUAUUGAGCGUGUCGCCGGCCAUUCCCAUCAUCUAUCAGGUGGUACGCGUACGUGAUGGUCGUUCAUACGUGACGCGGACGGUUAGUGCCGUUCAGCGCGGCCGUACCGUGUUCGUAAUGCUCUGUUCCUUCCAAACGCCAGAACCAGGGCAGCCAGCCCACCAAUGGCCCAUGCCUCCCAGUGUACCGAGCCCGGAGGAGUGCGAAGAUGUACAAGAACACUACGAACGCAUGCUUCUUCGCAAAGACCUGCACCCGCGCCUCAAGGCGUACGCGGAGGAAUACAUUCAGGAGCGUAGAAAGAGCCCCAUGGAGGUUAAAACAGCGGGGAUCACAAACUCCUCCGACGGUGCUACUGUCUAUAUGUGGUGGUUCAAAGUGAGGAGUAUCCCGAAGUACGACGCUCCUUUUCAGAAGUGUAUGCUUGCCUACAUAUCGGAUUCUCAAUUCGUCGGUGUCGUGCGGCGUACAUUAGGUCUGAAUUCGCACACGGAGGGUCCCAAGCAGCUGACUAUGCUGGUGCGUUCCCACUGUGUUAUCAAUUCGUUUGAUUGCGGAGACUGGAUCCUCUAUGUGGUCGAGUCGCCACGGGCUGGCAACGGGCGCGGAGUCGUGCAUGGAAGAAUAUAUACCCGCACCGGCACAUUGAUUGCGGUUGCCUCUCAGGAGGGAGUCGUUCGGGCACGCGGAGAGAACGCCGCCCGAGAUGAAUCGCGCGUUAUCAAGGCCAAAAUCUGA